GCCGUUAUAAUGACUGGAAGGUUGGCAUCUUCUGUAAUCACGCUUCUGUGAGGUCGGAUUGUGGAAUGGCCUGAGGCCGGGAGUUCUGUGUGGUGGACCAAUUCAUGUUGACGGAACGUCCGCACUAAGCUUGCCAUCAAUAUGGGUGCCAUGGAGGAGUCCUUGGCAUUCAGGUUGGCUAAGGAGGGAUGUACCGGGCCAGGGGUGAAAACCAGCAGCCAAGAGUUCCCGUGGUAGGCAGUAGUGGGAUAGCGUACCGGAGUGAAAUGCCAUCGCCAGCCCGGCCAAUACGGUUGGACCACAAUCUUUUUGCCAUUUUUUUUUUGUAAAAAAAUUAUUUGCUUCCUCAAAAUCAGUUGAUUUUGAUUCCUAUGAUUAAUUUUUCAAUAAUUUGCCAAAAUCAUCGGUAAUUGCCACUAAUUGUACGGUAAUUAUCGAAUUUAAUGAAUACACACUUCAAACCAAGAGCAUAAUGUGUUCAGUUGAUGAAUAUUGAUUAAAAAUAACCUCACUUUUGAAAUUCUACAACAUUUUCUCCAAAUAUUUUUCAAAAUCUGUGACGUAAUAAAAUUAUGAUUAACAUUCAAAUAUUUAAAACUUUUAGCGGUAGUACUUAUUAGUAGCCACUCUGUUUUUCGGUGAUGGCGGAACUUAUUUGCUGGUAAAUUGCAACACUGCGCAGCCAAUACAACAGUUGACGUUGCAAAUUUCCGCGCAAAUCAGAGGAAAACGUAUUUUAUUUGCUAAUAUAAAAUUUAAUUGCACUGAAUAGAAAUGAACGUAGAAAUGCUUAAUUUGCACGGCGAAAAUUCGUCCGAUGCUGAUAUAAAUGCAUCAACCGAUUUAAGUGGAAACACUGAGCAGCUAGAUAAAGCGUUAAUCCAAUAUAUAACCACUUCAAGUAGGUUACUUUUUGUUGAACGUGAGGAAACCUGGACGGGAUUUCAUGACGCCAACUUGUAUAACACUGAACAAUUCAGUGAAUACACCAUUGAACAAGUGUGUGAACAUUUUCAACGAAAAGUACUGCCGAAUAUUAACACUUACGAAUUGACGCCAAUACAAAAGCGAAUGUUAGAAUUACUAAAUUUACAUCCAGAAUUUGAGCGCACACCUAAUGGCUAUGCACGCAUGAGCGCCGUUCGGCGCAUAGGCUUUAACCGGUUGCCAAAAGCAGGUGAAGAUUUUGUAUUGGUCGAACAGACGCAACAAUUACGCCAGUUGUUGAAUGAAUUCCCGACAACCGACACACAAUUUGAUCCAGAUAAAGAUUUCGAUUUAACUAAGCCAACGCAUGCACCCACACACAAUCUAUUGUUGCGCUGUCCCUAUCAACAGCAGGGAACAGGUUAUAAUUAUAGGUUCACAAAGGAAAAUGCUGCACUGCUCUCAGCUGCGCUAUCCAAUGAUUUCGAAUUAUCCGGUCGUGUAUUACUUGAACCAAAGGAGUUACAUAAGCGUUUGCGUGAGGCAAAGCGCAAUUUCGAGCAACACGCCCGCAUGCCCGAAAACUGUAUGGAAGCAGAUAAGCUUGUUGAAAAAAUUAAAAAGCUUAAGACGCUGCGUGAAGCUAUAGUGGAUGUAGUGGCUAAUCGAUUUUAA